CGGCCCCGGGGGUGCAGCCGGCCGCCCCCUCUCUCUGCUCCCGCAGCUCGGAGCGGCUCCGUGCUUUCCCCGCUGCCCGAGGGGGAGCGAGCCGCGAUGAACCUCAACUUCACGGCGCCCGUGCACCCCACGGGCAGGCCCACCUCCUUCUUCAUCGAGGACAUCCUGCUGCACAAGCCCAAACCGCUGCGGGAGCUGCCCCCCGAGCCCUUCCCCGGCUCCUUGGCCUCCCGCGUGCCCCUCUUGGACUAUGGGUACCCCCUGAUGCCCACCCCGACCCUGCUGGCGCCUCACCCGCACCCCGCCCUGCACAAGCCGGAGCAUCACCACCACCAGCCCUAUUUCCUCACCACCUCGGGAAUGCCGGUGCCGGCGCUUUUCCAGCACCACGCUCACGCCGAGCUGCCCGGGAAGCACUGCCGCCGCCGCAAAGCCCGCACCGUCUUCUCCGACUCGCAGCUCUCCGGCCUGGAGAAGAGGUUUGAGAUCCAGCGGUACCUCUCCACGCCCGAGCGGGUGGAGCUGGCCACGGCCCUCAGCCUGUCCGAGACGCAGGUGAAAACCUGGUUCCAGAACCGCCGCAUGAAGCACAAAAAGCAGCUGAGGAAGACUCAGGACGACCCGAAGCAGGCGGCCGGGGAGGAGAGCCGGGAGCAGAGCUCCCCCGAGCCCGAGCUGCCCGAGCCGGCCGGCGCCGAGCCCCGCAAGGGCCCCGCGGGUCCCUUCCUGCUGCAGGACCCCGAGGACGAGGUGGACAUCCUGGAGGACGGGGACAUCUGCCCCCACCGCCUCUAGGACAGCCGGGGCUCUCCUGCCUCUCCUUGGCUCUGCCCCGCAGGUCGCCCCCGCCUCCCCACCUUGGGAAGGGCUCGGGAGGGGGCUGUGGAUGCGGGGGGAGCCCCCUCCCCUCCCCGGGGAGAAGGUGGCGAUGCCCCCGAGGGGGUCGGGACCCCGCGGUGCCCCCCAGCAUCACCCCGAGGCCGGGCUUUGCUCGGAAAUGUGGGGCGGGGGGAGAAAAACGAGCCGGGUUUGCUUUAGGUUCCCCCUUCCCUCGCAAGUGUCGGACUUUUCCUCGUGCCCCGAACUUUCCUCGGGUGUAAAAUAAAUGUAUACUCGUGGCAGAGUGUUGUGGUUCCUGGGAGCGGCAGGCAGGGCGAAUUUCACCCGCUAUUCCCCGAAUCCCUAAAUCCUCGCCGCUCUUCCCACGCUCGCCGUCUCCAUCCCCGGUGCGGGAGGUCGGGCAGAGCUUCCAGGACUGGAAUAAAUAAUAAAAAAAAGAAUCGUAAGAAAAGCCCUGCGAAGGAGCAGGUAAGGCAAAAAAAAAUCCGGUUUAUUUCAUUCUCUCUGGGGAAGGGAUGGGAGAGCAUCGCCAAUAACUCGGCUGCAUGGAGCAAACGGCGCUCCCAGGCAGCAAAAAAGGAUUUUCUCCAGCUUGGAGAAGUGUCGGCAGCACGAUUCCUGCCCGGCUUCCAGUGUGGGUAAUUCCCUUUUCCUGUGAGAUAGCCCCGGAGCGGGUCCCGUCCCGUCACCUGCGUCCCCCUCCCUUGUCCCCGCGCUCAGCCGGAGCAGCCCCGGCCGGGCUCGCUUUGCCUUCACCUCCCUGCCAGGGAAAUGGGCUUCAUUCCCAGGUAAAUUCCCAUUUUUAGGAUUUUUUUUUGUUUGUUUCGGGCCGAGCCGCAGGCUGGGAAACGCGCCGGGAGCGCGGCGGAGGCUCAGCAUCUCCGAGGAGGAGAUGUCGGGAUGGGGAAUUUCCCCGAGAAAAGCCUGGAGCGGGGGAUGUGCUGGCUCAGAUAUUCCCUGCUGCAACCCCAACACGGCGGCGUGGAGGUGUCUCGUUAGGUUAUUUAAUUGAUUUCCUUCUUUUUUGUUGUUUUCAACGGGAAUUUAAUUCGGUUGUCUGGCUUUCUUAGCACUUUCAGGGCGUUUUGGA